AUGCCGGCCGGCGGCGUGACGGCCGCGGCGGCGACGCCGGCGCCGGCGCCGCGACCGACCGCCAGCCCGCUGCGGGCGGUGGAGCGCGGUCUAGUGGACAUGUUCGGACCGCCGGAGCCGGACAGUGGCCGUGUGGAGCGUGACAUUGAGGCCAUUUUCGGGUCGCCAGAGCCGGGCCGGGGCCGGCUGGGCUCGCCCGCCGCCGGGUCGACGGCAGGGGGCGCGGCCACUGCCCGCUCGGACCGGCCGGUGCCCGACGAGCGGACGCCACGGACGGGGGUCGGCAGUGAUUCCUCGCGCGCGGAGAUUCCGAAGGGCAGCAGUGAGCGGGGUUCACCAGGCCGUGAUGAAUGCGGGCUGGCACGGGUGUCGGCGAACAGUGACGAUCGCCCCCUCUGGAAGGUGAUCGAUUCAACGUCAGAUGAAAAAGCGGUCACCGAUAACGACGAAUCUGGACGUAAUGGCAGCAGCUGGAAAAAGCCGAUGAAGAGCGGUCGUGACAGAAACUACCGCAGCAGCACGUCAGGUAGGAUUGAUGCUGUGAGCAGUGACGAAACUCAGGGUAAAAACGAAAAUGCAAAGGACGAUUUGUGCGACUGGAAGAGUAAGCACAAGACACGUAUUGAGGAAGAGGAUAGCGCGAAGAACGGCAGGUCAAAGGACGUUUCCUAUUCCGAGGAUGGAAAGAAUAAGAACAUCGAAUCGAAGGAACACGGCGAUGUGCGAACGGCUGUGCGGGACCAUCAGAGCCGAAAGAACAAGACAAAGCGUCGUGGCUCGCCCAGCAGGCGCACCCGCUCCUCCAGCUCCUCCUCCAGGUCGUCUAGCUCGGCCAGCUCGACUGGCCGGCGCUCGCGGCGCUCGGUCCGCGCCGUUCGGCGACGCUCGGCGGACCGGAGCCGCGACGCCAGCCGGUCGCGGCGCUCCCACUCACCGCGCGACCCUUCCGGCCUGUCGGCCGGCAGGCGCUCCGACGACGCCCACAGGAAGGCGCGCGCACCGUCGCCCCCGCCGAAAAAAGUCAAGAAAGGAAAAUCCACGCGGAGCGACUCCUCGGACUCCGAUGGCAACGUGAGGAAGUGGAGGGAUCGGGGUGGCUCGUCCGAUAAGGAGGCGAAAACGAAAAAGAAGAAAGACCUUGAAGACUCGUCCGAGAAAAGUAGGAAGGGUAGGAAGAAAGCAGCUAGGGAUAGCUCGCCCGACAGAGGUAAAAAGAACAGAAAGAAAGGUGGUCGAGACAGCUCUUCCGAUAAAGAUAAAAGGAACAGGAAGAAACGGGAUCGAGACGGCUCUAUCGAAAAGGAGAGGAAGAGCAAGAGGAUAAUAGGUCGAGGGAGCUCAUCCGACAGAAAUCGAAGCAAAAAGAGGGUUUGUCGGGACAGCUCGUCCGAUAGUGACAGAGAGGACAGGAGGAAAAGAGGUCAAGACAGUCUACCCGACAAAUUUAGAAAGACCGAGAAGAGAGGUGGUAGAGAGAGCUCAUCCGACGAAGAAGGAACGAAAAAGAAGAUAUGUAGAAUGGAGAGUUCGUCGGACAGAGAUAGAAGGCGGCAGAAGGCACGGAACCGGGACAGCUCGUCCGACACAGACAGGAAGAGUUUAAAGAAACGUGACGCAUCGCCACCAUCAAAAUCAGUUAAAGCCCGCAUUGAUAAUGGAUUGCCGGCUCGCAAAGUCUCAAAGGACAUGGACGUUACAAGCUCAAACGAUAAAGCUGCCAAUAAAAGACGCCGCUCGAGGGAGGCGUCUCCCGCGCGCGAACGUUCAGAAGACGCCACGAGGCCAACGUCGGCCAGAGGACGGCGUCGGUCACCUGCCGCGCGCAGUCCGUCGCGGGGCGAGUCUCGGCGCCGCCGCAGCCACGGGACCGCCAUGCCAUGCCUGAGGGCGCCGAGCGUGCAGAGUCUGCAGUCGCGCUUUGAUGAGCUCUUCGGCUCCGAGCCGACGCGCAUAGCCAGCAGGGGCGGCGGUACCGCCAGCCUGAGGCAGGCGCGCCAGAUCAAGAAGCACGUCAAACGAGCCGACAAGACGCUCUCCUCGGCCAGUCUGACCAACGCCACACUGGAGGUGGUGGACGACGUGCCCAGCUCGGCGGUCGAGAUGCUGGUCAAAGAGAAGUUCCUAAAGAAGUUGAACCGCCAGGAGCGGGUGGUGGAGGAGGUGAAGAUGGUGCUGAAGCCUUACUACCACAAGCGCUCCAUCACCAAAGACCAGUACAAGGAGAUCCUGGGCAAAUCGGUGACCAAGAUAUGUCACAGCAAAUCCGGGGAAAUCAACGCUCAGAAGAUACAAUCCCUCGUGAUCGGGUAUGUGACGAAGUUCAAAUACUCCAACAAGAAGGCGAGUUUGACGCGGGGAACGUCGAAGCCGGGUUCCUCCGUCAAAACAAAAAUGUGACGAUGGGCCUCAGUAAAACGUUUGCAAUUGUGAAUGUUUAGGACGCAUCGCUGAGCUGCUGCUGGACGUGUUGCAGCCAUGUGUACUGAACGGUCGGUGCGCCGAGAGCCCACGUUGGGUCACGUGUUUCAUCCUUGUCCAUGAAGUCAUUAGCUAUGAUUUGAUUAUUUCAUUGGCCGCCCGGCCGCGGGUGGCCAUCUGCUUGUGGUAGGACGCAGACGCUGUCACCGUGCUUUUGCACAUACAACUGAGAAAUAUAGUCAGUAUUUGAAA